CCUAGCUUCGUUUGUCUCUGGUGUCGGUGGGAGGAUCUUGCUCGCCUGCCCCGCUUCUCAGCACCCUCUCCGUAAAAAUUAGCGAAUACUGCAGCAAGAAGUGAGUGUGUGUGUGUCUCUGUGUGUGUGUCACGAUCGAGAGGAGAGAGCGAACGGGGAUUAAUACUUAUAAAAACGUCUCAUCCGGCUGCUGACAGAGAUGGCAGCCAUUCGGAAGAAGUUGGUGAUCGUCGGGGAUGGAGCGUGUGGGAAAACGUGUCUUCUCAUUGUUUUCAGUAAAGACCAGUUUCCCGAAGUCUACGUCCCGACGGUGUUCGAGAACUACAUCGCUGAUAUCGAGGUUGACGGAAAGCAGGUGGAGUUGGCGCUGUGGGAUACUGCUGGCCAAGAGGACUACGACAGGCUGAGGCCUCUCUCCUACCCUGACACGGAUGUCAUCCUCAUGUGUUUCUCCAUCGACAGCCCAGACAGUUUAGAAAACAUCCCUGAGAAGUGGACGCCCGAGGUGAAGCACUUCUGUCCCAAUGUCCCCAUCAUUCUGGUGGGGAACAAGAAGGACCUGAGGAACGAUGAGCACACGCGGAGAGAGCUGGCCAAGAUGAAGCAGGAGCCGGUGAAGGCAGAAGAAGGCAGAGACAUGGCCGGCAGGAUCAGCGCUUUUGGAUACCUGGAGUGCUCCGCCAAGACCAAGGACGGCGUUCGGGAAGUGUUCGAGAUGGCCACCAGAGCGGCGCUGCAGGUCCGCAAGCGCAAGAAGAGAAGUGGCUGCACGCUGCUGUGAGCGGCCCGAGACCACAUGAAAUCAACUGACCAACAGGAUGAAAAAAAAGUAACACAUCAAAAAAAAAAAAAAAAAGGACUGACCUUUUACCAAAACAGCAUCUUUGUACUGUAUGUCGCAUUUCAAGAUAACAGUCAGGCAGAUGAAUCCAACAAAUACAGGAAAUGAACUUUGUCUAUAUUCAAACUGUGUUUAGAAAUUGAUGUUUAAAGUUCCUUGUUGAUUUUUUUUCCUUCCUCAGAUCUGUCUUUACACAUAGAGCGUUUUCCUACUUGUUUUUUCUUUAUAUUUGUAACGUUAACGAGGCAGUGAUAGAUGCACAUAUUUGUAUGCAAUAUUGUUCUUCACGAUGUUGGGCGAGCAGCAGCAUCCUUCUUAGCUUGUAUAAAGUCUCCAUGAGUAAAGUCCAGGCUGUCCCGUCAGUGUCCGUUCUGUUCAUCAUCACAGUCGUGAUAAGAGGAUGAAAGUUGAUGUCUUUUGAGAGCUAGUGCCUUUUCUUUAUUUCGUUUUCUUUCUUUUUUUUCUUACGUCACUGUCUACUUCUCAUGUUUGUCAGCUAGCUAACAUUUCAGCUGAGGGGCCCUCCAUUGUCGGCUGUCAUUGUGAAACCUGAGGGAAGCCAUAACUAAGGCUUUCAGUGUUGCUGAUAGCUGGUCAAGCGCAACAAAUGGCUGCUUGUGCCAUUUCUUUGUUUUUUUUUGCCGGUGUGAAAUAUUCACUGAGGGUAAAGAAGGUAAAGCUGCCUCUGUAAUUUGAUUACAAGAAGAGAGUCAGCUUCACAUUAAUUUUUUAUUACUAUUUUUUUUUUUUUUUGAGUAUAAGAUCCAGUUAUUCACUUUCCUUCAUCUGUGCAGUGGACCAGGAUGGGCAGAGGAGAACUGGCCAGUCAAGACACAAGCCAAUAUGACUCAACUAUGCACAAUAGCUGUUAGGACCAACAGGGAGAUGACACAGCUGAGACAGAAACGAAGGCCAAGGCCUGGUGAAACCUCCCCUGUUUGUUUAUUGUGAGCAACUGAGUUCAGCUCUUCUGCUACAGGGCAAGCGAGCCGGUCACCGGUCGCGCCUGCUGUCUGGAAUCUGUGUAUUGGACGGGUUAACCCACUUGUGGAAGUCAUGUCUUGUUAGAGCUGGUAGCCUUUCGAGUGUGGAUGUUUCCAGUCGGACGACAUUCCUCGCAUGUUUGAGAGGAGCCGAGUUGCGUGUGUGCGUGAGGAGCUUGUUUUUCCCUGGUGCCUUCUCUGUUCUGGUGUGCCUUCGGUUGUUCUCUCCCAGACCAGAUAGACCAGCUGCUCCAUGCCAACCCGACACUGACUGACGAGGUCAACAGUGACCUCCUGACAUGUUUCACCAAGCUUGAUUACACAAAAUGUGUCGUCGGUUUCCUACAUUUUCCGUCGUCCUAACUCAAAAUUCGAUCUUUAAAUGCAGCGUCAUCUUAAUUAUUCUGGCACACGAGCUCGGUUACACAAAUUCACGUCAUGUGAAGAAUGAAUCAUGUGAAAAUUACAACACUUGUAACAUAUUUCCUCAACAUCUGUGGGAAAACAUCUGUCAGCAGCCAUAAAUAUUGUCUUUGAUGUUUUAUGGUUGCCAAAAAAGUUUUGAGAGAACAGCUGUCGAAAAAAAUUUAAUUGGUUUUACUUGUCAUUUUUUUGUCUUGAUCUGUUUCUCUUGAUCUUCACUGUUACCUCCUUACACAUACAGCACACUUGUAAAGUUAACUCAAUUCAUAUGUGCAACAUUAUCCGCCAUCUUAACCUAAUCUUGACUGGUGUGUUUUUUUUCAGGGUUGAUACUGACACCAAUUAUCAGCAAUUGAGGAGAUUAAAUUGAUAUUUGGAACCACUAUACCUAAAAUGUCCCACUUCUCAUGAAUAUGAUUUUCAUUUUUCACCAUAUUGAUCAUCAGGACUCAACACUGAAUUGUACUUAAAGCAGUUUCUGGAGGCAUGUCAGAGACCGUCCACUGGACCCAGUUCUUGCUCACGCGUUCUCUCUGAAUACUCGAUUGUGAAUUCAACCUGGCUUGAUGUAUAAUUCUUAGGAAAAAAAAAAAAAAAAACGCCCAGCGACUGUCCUCAGGCACAGACUCUUUACGGCAUUCCUUUUCUCUGCCUCUGUUGCUCAUUAUUGUACUGUACGUGUCCCUUUGGUUGCAUGUUGCCGUCUGUCUGCGGGAGGGUGGACGUUGAAAUGUGUGUGUGGCGAAAAAACAAUAUCUUUGAUGUUGCAUGCAACCUUCUUACCUAAGCCUAGCAGCUGGCAGGAGCUGUGUGUCUGUUAUAUUGUAAUGCCAUCUAUAAUGCAACUUUAUACCCUCUACUGGCCAAGCACAUAAGUUUUAACUCGGCGAUCCGGUGGAGAAGCUAUAACAUAUAAAACUAGUUGUAUUUUUUUCUGUUGUUUUAACGCAGAGGGGGCAUUUAUUACAAACACACACACGCACCAGAUUAAUGUUGUUACCUCAAAUCUUUCUAGGGGGCUGAUACUUUGUUUAAACUCUGGAUUUUUGUGCAGAAUUGUGGACAAGCACACUAACAAGGCAAAGAGUAAAAAGUAAAAGAUUCUCAUCAAUGAAAGCACGGGCGUUUUAUUGUUGUGGCAUCGCGUUCGCGGGUCUCAACAAGCUUAACGUCAGCAGAGAUAGUCGUAUAACAUUCACAGCUGGAAGCGUUGAUGAUGAAAGGGGCGUUCCCGCAGAGCAGCAGAGGGUCUACUACUGUCAAACAUAUCACUAAGAGCAUGUACAAUACUGCUAUCGAUGU